AACUUUUCAAAAGUUUUGUGUUUUGUUGAGUUACUGAAAUGUGACUUUAGUACAUUUUUUUCAACUAGAAAAACAAGUGGGAUGAGGCCUCAGUGCCGGAAGUAGCCAGGGCUGUGUGCCAGGGCUGUGAGGGAGCCGUGAUGUUGGCGGAUUUGUCAUGACUGUAAUGGACUGCUAUGUCACCGCCUGCCUGUCGGAGCAGAAACACCUCACAUCUAGACACUGUCUCAACACGGGACUCCUCACGACUGGAACCACAACGACUUACCCUCAGCAACAGCCACAGAAACGACCACAGCAACAACAAAAAGAGUGCAACGACAACAACGACACAGAGAACAAGGACAACAGCAGCAACGAAAACCACAACAACAACAACACCAGCACCAACAACACAAGGAACGACCAAGACAGCAAAGAAAUCCACAACAGCAAGAAAAACAACAACAACAAUAAAGACGACAGGGCAGUCCUGAACAAGAAGCGUGUCCUUGGAAGUGUUAGUCACGACGACUCGAGAUUCGAACCUGCACCAACGACAUCGGCACCAGUAGCACCACCACCACCACCACCACCCGUUGUUCUCUCCGUUUCCACAGACCUCCCCCUCCCCCUCCCCCGCCCCCCACUCAACUGCUGUGGCUGCAGUGCCCAGUGCUCCUGCUACUUCUGUCCCCUCACACCUGGAAGCCCCGCCCACAUCAGACAUGACAGCACUCGCUACAUCAGGUGUGGCUGAUACCGGCACAGUCACAGAUCCUACAGCUUUCUCAUCAAUGUCACAACCACCAUCAUCAUCACCACCUUCAUCAUCACCACCACCUUCAUCAUCACCACCACCAUCAUCAUCUUCACAACCCCCAUCUUCUGUACUCGGAACUACAACAACCACCAAAGACAGCCCAGCUUUCUCAAAUGACUAUAGCAGCAACAACAACAACAACAACAAUAACAACAACAUCAGCAACAACAACAACAUGGGCAGCAGCGCAGCUUCGAGUAUUGACAAAUUGAGCAAAAGUCAAGCGGUAGGGUUGACCAGUGUGGCAGCUGCGCCAAAAGCGAUGUUGUUGCUGGUGGUGGCCGCUGUGGUGAUGGUGGUGGUGGCUCUGACGGUCACCCUGGCUCUCACAGUGUUCAAAGAUUCAGAUGAGGGCAGUGACAUCGCCAAUGCCACAGAAUCUAUCUUCACAACGUCACCAACUGUCACUGGCACUGUCACUAGUCGUCACACCACGCCAUCGACUGUCACGUCUCCAUCAUCAUCAACAUCAUCAUCAACAUCAACGUCAACAACAUCAUCAUCAUCAACAUCAACGUCAACAACAUCACCAUCAUCAACGUCAACAUCAUCAUCAUCAUCGACCGCACCCUCCACAACUGUGUCUUCCUCGACUACAACGACAGCAACAACAACUAUGGCAAGAGAACUGUCAUCAACGUCAAGCUCAACUAUGAAUGUCACCACCGAAAGCUCAACGACGACCAUGUCAUCAUCGUCUUCUUCAUCAUCACCAUCAUCAUCUACCACAACGACGGAGUCGACCACCACUGUGCCAGACUGCAGCGGGUUCCAGUGUGAGAGAUCGGGUGUGUGUCUGUGGGACCAGAACAGAAGGAAAUGUGACGGCGUCUUUGACUGUGAGGACCUCAGUGACGAGAAAAAUUGCCCCAAGCGAGAGCGUCAGCGUUACUGCAACAACGGCGUUCAGAUCAGCAUCUACCAGUGGUGCGAUGGGCUGGACGACUGUGGGGACAACUCUGAUGAGCUCAACUGCAGAUGCCGUCAGACAGAGACUCCGUGCGCGGGCACCACUGGUCGCUGUAUCAAGAAGACUUGGCACUGUGAUGGUCACUUUGAUUGUGAGAACGGCACCGAUGAGGACAACUGUGGUUGGUGCACAGAGGAUGAGUUUACCUGUGCCGACUACACAUGUGUGCCCAAGUCUGCGCGCUGUGAUGGACGAGUGGACUGUCCACGCGGUGGCCAUGACGAGAAUGGAUGCUUCGGUUUACACGAGACUACGGGUGACGUGCGAGUGACCGUGUCGGGUGUGGAUAGUCCUAUCUGUGCGGACGGCUGGAUGAUCUGGCACAGUACGUCCCUCUGUGCCUCCCUACACUACAGCGGUGUGGACACUUGGUCUAGAGAACCCAUCCCAGCAGGUUCACAAGACGAUCGGUUUGCCGUGCUGAAGGACCCGAGUUUGGAUGCCAAUCUCACCAACUUCCAAAUCAGGAUGCGGAGAGAGACAGGUGGCGGUGCUGGAGUCGUUUGUGGCGGGAGGGGAGAUAGCUCCGGUGGGCAAGUGGCCGUGGGUGGUGUCCCUUGUGUACCUGGGUCAGCCCAUCUGUGGCGGGGUGCUGGUCAGCAAGACCUGGGUGCUGACCGCUGCUCACUGUGUGCUCUGGCCUGUCCCCGGGCUCACAGAGUUCAACUUCACCACGACCCCGUUCUACUUCACGGUGGUGGCGGGAAGCGUCGACUACCUGGGGAGCGAGGAGGGAAAGGCUAAGACGACGGGCGAUGGGGAAGGACGAAGCAACACGGCACAGCACUCACGGGUGCUCAAGAUAGUCCUACACCCUAAGACAAAGGUGCUGGAGAACGGCGGCGUAGACUGGGACCUGGCCCUGCUAGAGCUGGAGACGGAGUUACACUACACUGACGUGGUCCAACCCUCGUGUCUGCCGGCUGCUGGACAGGUGUUCCCGCCGACCUCCUUCUGCUACGUGGCGGGCUGGGGCAUGCUCAGCUAUCGUCAGGCAAUGAAGCCACGGCGGCUCCGCGACAGCCGCAUGCAGGUGAGGAGUGAGUCGAUGUGUGAGCGGAGCACAGUGCUGGGGGAGACGGAGGUGAACACAGACUCCACGCUCUGUGCCGGGUUCACGUUUGGGCAGCCGGCUGCUUGUCAGGGCGACAGCGGCAGUCCACUAAUGUGUGUUGACACCCACACGGGGCUGUGGUCCGUGGCUGGAGUCAUGAGCCGCGGGCGCAGUCGCUGUGGUCAGUACGGCUUCACCUCCGCCUCUGACCGCUACGCCCGUGUGUCCACCUCCACUCGCUGGAUACAGACCACCAUCGCACAGCCGGAACCUACGGUCCACUUUAAACCUCACGUGGUGUGAUGUCCCCUUUGUUUCACUGGAUAGAGAUGACCAUAGCGCAAUCAGGACCUAUGGCGUACUUUAAACCACACGUGGUAUGAGUAUGCAUGAAGGAUCUUCUUCUUCUCCGACGCAUUACAUUUGAUGUCAGUAUCAUUCACAAGCUGGUCAAAUAUGAAUUCUGGUAUCAAUAAUAUUUUUGGCCAAUUGUUCAAGUGUACUAAUCUAAGAGAAUACCACGGAGGAUCUUUUUGAUAAGUUGACGGAGCAAACUGAUAGCUGCACUCCAGCAAUGAGGGCAACCCAUCCGGUGGGAUAAUCGAAAGAUCUCGUCAGUAUGUUAUUGUUAUAGUGCCUGUAAAAUGGCAGCUUGCACAACUCUAUGCU